AUGGCUUGUUCUAAAAAAGUCAGACAGGCGGGCAAAGAGCUUCGAAAGGUUAAUUCUCCUGAUAGCAAAAGCAAAAGGUCAGCCAGGGGGACAGAGAGCCCCAAAAUUUCCCGACUCUUCUGUAAGCAAAAUACCGUGACACUCCUGAAAGCAUGGUUUCAGGCAGAGGAGGCACAGAGCUCCAAGAAGUCACCAGCAGCCAGUCUCAUCAAAGUUACUUCAAAAAGUCCCAACAAGCCUUUUAUGGUAGACAUCCACGCCCCUCAACCACGCCCCCUAGGCAAGACUUCUAGUCACGCUCCCCUAGCCACGCCCCCAGUCACUCCUUCUACCCACACCCUCCUAGCCACGUCCCCCAACCACGCCUCCAAGCCGCACCCCCCAGCCACGCCCCCCAGCCACGCCCCAAAGCCUCCUCCUCCGCCGACCCACCACAGGAGCUCAUCACAACGCCCUUCCCGCCAUGCGAUGAAACGCGUCUCCUCUCGCCAGGCGUGUCUCCCGCCUUCCCCCGGAGGGCAUAUAAAUGUUAUAUAG